AAAGAUUAAGUAAUUUGUGCAUGAUCUAUGAUAGUUAAACUAUGUACCUACUUCAUAAUGAACGUGUCUUAUGAAGAAACUCAUUUGACGUGUUUCAUCUUCCAUACUUUCUGUUUAUGUUAUUUCUUUUUUUGGUUGCGGUUAAACCUAUUUCACGUUCAUGGUCAUUGAAAAUAGUAAUUGUUUAAUUUUCGGGAGCUAUAAUUAAAAUGAAACUGCCUACGUGAUGCAGAUGUUUUUAAAAAAUUAGCACACACAAAAUCUCAAAUCAGCAUGUGUGAUCAUGAUUCGUGGACUGCUGGUUUUUCCGCUAAAAUGAUACCCUUCCUCAUCACAUUCUACUCAAUUUGUUCACUCCACUCAAAUUACAUAAACUGUCAAGAAACCGUUUUAGCCAUAAAUCAAGGAUUACACGACACCAUCGAAGAACCAAUCGCAAUAACAUCAAAUUACAAAGAAUUAGUAUCUCUAAGCAGAGUAUUCAUAGAUAAAAGUUUACUCAUUCAAGAGAUUUUAAAAGAUCCCUACAAACUAACUCUACUCGUAUGUCCUCGAAAAUGGGGCAAAACGGUUAACCUAGACAUGAUUAAAACAUUUUUAGAAAUACAAGUUUACGAAAAUGGUAAAAAAAUUACACCCGUUGAAGAUACCCAAAAUUAUAAAUUAUUCAAAGAAGGUGAAAUAAUCUUGGCCAACGGUUCGAUAGCUACGUUGAAGAAUAAAUUACUCAUUAGCAAAAAUCACACUGUAUUUCAAAAGUAUCUUGGAAAACAUCCUGUCAUAUUUUUAGAUCUUCGAGGUUUGAAGAAAAGAAACCACCAAGAUUUCAUCGAAGAAUUUAGGAAACUCAUAAGACGAAUUUAUCGUCCCUUCAGGUAUAUUUUGAAGCAAACCGAUAUUAGUGAAAUCAGUUCAGAGGGGAGCGACAGUGGCGAUAAGUUUGCAACUUUUGAUAGAUCCAAGUUUAAAAGGCAUCUCAGAAUGAAAUCCACCGAAGAAGAAUUACUACACAGUGUAACGUUUCUCAGUCAAGUAUUAAAAGGGUAUUUUAAAAGAGACGUUUAUAUUUUAGUAGACGAGUACCUGACUUUAUUAUACAAAGUUCUACUCGAUACAAAGUAUCCGGAUAAACAAACAACUGUGCAGUUUUACCAAGAUUUCAUCAAGAUAACCUUAACAAGUAAUCCUCACAUGGCCAAAGGUAUAUUAACCGGAAUCCUCAGACAAAAUUCUGAAACAUCUUUUGAUUCGCAAUUCAUGCACGAAAGGUGUUUCUUCGACGAUCCGAUAUUCAAUUUUUACGGUUUCCAAAGCAGAGAGGUAGGCUUACUCAGCAGCUACUUCAAGUUCCAGACUAAAAAACAAGAAAGAAUCCAUCGAUGGUACGGUGGCUACAGAAGUGGCGCAAAUUCCAACACGAAUAUCGCCAAUCCUUGGUCUGUCGCUCAUUACAUAAAUUCCAGAGAUUUUGAGAUCUUUUGGAGAGAUAAAGAACUGAUAGAACCGUUGAUAGGUAAAUUACUCUAUAUCCCUUCAUUCGAUAACGCUCUUUGCUCGUUGCUCACCAAGAAACAUUACACGAUCGAUGAGUUUCGUAAUUUGAAAUACACGUUAUUGGAUUUCGAAGGUAUAGCUCAAACGGCCAAGAACUUCGCUGAAAACAAAGAUAUCUCUUUACUUUCCACAGUAGACGUGGUGUUCAAGUUCUUAUGCAUGUAUGGAUACCUGAGUCUGAACAACACGUACUCUAAAUCAGAUCAGUACAACGUUAUGAUCCAAAUGCCCAGUUACGAAGUGAGAUCAGCAGUCACUGUUCAAUUAUCCAAUUACCAUUUGAGUAAAUUAGGUGUGGAAAUCACUCCUGAGAAUGUAGCUCUAUUUGAAAACUUGGGUAUAACGUUUAAAAGGUCCACUACAGAUAAUCAAAUCGUCUGCAGUCAGUUUGAAGCUUCUGUGAAGAAUCUGCUGAACAUAAUACCUACUUUUACAAGGAUCAAUCGAUUGAACGCUUUGAAUGAGACGAUUAUAAAGCAAAAUGAAAACGUGAUGAUAUCUUUGUUCAAGUAUGCCUUGAUCAAUGGCGAUCCUCUGUUUCAAUUUAUUGUAUCGGAUCAACCGACGGAUAUUUUGCUGACGUAUAAACAUCAGGGGGUGGUGCUGCAAAUUAAACCAGACGUUAAUGGUAAGAUGGCCACGGGUGAGGAGAAAGCAGCCUAUGGUAGGUUUUUCAGAAACCAUGGGAUGAAAUGGUGCAAACUUAUUCAAGUAUUUGUCUCUUAUAAGAACAGUGUACGUGCUUUAGCUACAGUAUUUAAUGAACAAACGCUUCACAAUACGUAAUAAUGAUAUUAAAUUUUAGUCAAAUUUU